AAGAUAAAACUGUGUCGGCUGAGAAGUUUAAAAUUUACUGAUAACAAAUGACACCCCCAGCUUACUUUAUAGGUCGUUGUUCCUUGCAAUAAAAUGGAAGACCAGACUCUGUUUACUCGAUCAUUCCCAGCCUUUCGGUGUCACCUUGAAAAAUGGCUGUAUUUCCGUCCGCUGUAGAUGGCUUCUUACCCUACGCAUUGUUCGUGACAAGCACUAUGGCUUUAGUCCACUCUGUCGUUACGUAUAUCCGUCCCAUACCCGCGCUUACGGCAUUCUCUGGUCCUUCGGCGCCACCCCCCAACGCGUUGACAGCACACAUAUACGGUGUUAAGAACAUCUACACCGGUCUCAUCCGACUAUACGCCGCCUACAAUAUCCAUAAUCGCGAGCUCUACACCUUGGCCAUUCUCACGUAUGCCGGAGUCCUUUUUUUGUACGGAGGGGAGUUGUUUAUCUGGCAGACGACAAGGAUGAGGGAAGCCUUUUCCGCUCUAUUCAUUCCUACCACGAUGCUAUACUGGAUGUUGAUACAGAAGGGAUGGUACCUCUUGGAUAAUUAAACAUACUCAGGUAUAGUUCAUAUGGCGCCAAUUAGCUCUUGACUCAUCGUGAUGGUAAUAUGGAUAAAAAACUGUGUGAGCUGGACAGAAUGUUCUCUGUUUCUGAAUAUUAGGGUUAGUAUGUAGCUACUGGUUACUUAGUGAAGCCUAUGACGUUUGAUGAUUCAACGGUCACCCGAGUCAGCGCCUCCCACAUGGAUAGAGAUUCCAUGUUGAUAUUACCCGAAUUCAACUUG